CGGGCCGGUCUACAGGGUAUCGCUGAUGUUAGUGAAGAGAAAGGGGCACGGCCACAGCUCCGGGCCCAGUUUCCCCCCCACCCCCCCAGGCCUCGGGCUUGGGUCACGUGACACGAAGGGCGCCGAAUUCCUCUGGAGUCAGCGCCUUUUCCCGCAGGUGAAGGCCAGAGUGCCCCGGGGGUGGGAGAAGCCUUCUGACCUCGACCCGCGGCCUGGGGUGUAGGGUCGAGUUCCGGCGCUUGCAGUGGGCAGAAGUCUGGCUUUAGGAGAGGGGCGCACUCUAGCUUGGGGGCGUGGCCUCGUCCUAGGUGACGUAGAUGCGAGGUGUGCGGGCUCAACUUAGGGGCUGAGAUUCGGAUCCAGGUGUAAAAGAGAGGCGGGGCUCCCCGCCAAUUCGUUGAGAAGUAGGUGCCGCGUCAUGGAGACUUUCGCGGCCGCCGCCCCUGCUGGGAACUUCUUCCCCUCCUUGCUGUUCUUGGCCUGCGGGACGCUAGUAGCCGCUCUGCUGGGCGCCGCGCACCGCCUGGGGCUCUUCUAUCAGUUGAUGCACAAGGUGGACAAGACAAGCAUUCAGCAUGGCGGGGAAAACGUGGCAGCUGUGCUGAGGGCCCAUGGCGUGCGGUUCCUCUUCACACUGGUCGGUGGGCACAUCUCCCCGCUGCUGGUGGCCUGCGAGAAGCUGGGUAUCCGGGUGGUGGACACACGCCACGAAGUCACAGCUGUCUUUGCCGCCGAUGCCGUGGCCCGCCUGACCGGGAUGGUGGGUGUGGCUGCAGUGACAGCAGGCCCUGGCCUCACCAACACGGUGACUGCAAUGAAGAACGCCCAGAUAGCUCAGUCCCCAGUCCUGCUUCUGGGUGGGGCUGCCAGCAUGCUCCUACAGAACCGGGGUGCACUCCAGGCCAUUGAUCAGAUGUCCCUGUUUAGGCCACUGUGCAAGUUUUGUGCUUCUGUGCGGAGGGUGCGAGACAUCGUGCCCACUCUGAGGGCUGCGAUGGCUGCUGCCCAGUCAGGCACCCCAGGCCCAGUGUUUGUGGAGCUGCCCAUUGAUGUGCUGUACCCCUACUUCAUGGUCCAGAAGGAGGUGGUGCCAGCCAAUCCGCCCAAGGACCUCAUGGGUCGACUGGUCUCCUGGUACUUAGAGAAUUACCUGGCCAACCUCUUUGCAGGAGCCUGGGAGCCUCAGCCUGAGGGCCCUCUGCCUCUGGACAUUCCCCAGGCAUCCUCCCAGCAGCCCCAUCUCUCAUCCCAGGUUCAGCGCUGUAUGGAAAUCUUGAGCCGAGCCAAAAGGCCCCUUAUUGUGCUGGGGAGCCAGGCUCUGCUGCCUCCGACACCUGCUGACAAACUUCGGGCUGCUGUGGAGACCCUUGGCAUCCCCUGCUUCCUGGGAGGGAUGGCGCGAGGACUGCUGGGCCGCAACCACCCCCUCCACAUCCAGCAGAACCGGAGCGCUGCCCUGAAGAAAGCAGACGUUGUCCUUCUGGCAGGAGCCGUGUGUGACUUCCGUCUGUCUUAUGGCCGUGUCCUCAGCCGCAGCAGCAAGAUCAUCAUUGUCAACCGUAACCGGAAAGAGAUGUUGCUUAAUUCAGACAUGUUCUGGAAGCCCCAGGAAGCCGUGCAGGGAGACGUGGGCUCCUUUGUGGUGAGGCUGGCGGAGGGCCUUAAGGGCCAGACGUGGGCCUCAGACUGGGCAGAGGAGCUUCGGCAAGCUGACCAGCAGAAGGAGCAGGCCUUUCGGGAGAAGGGGUUGAUGCCUGUAGCCCAGCACCUGAACCCAGUGUGGGUACUACAGCUGGUGGAGGAAACUCUGCCUGACAACUCGAUUCUGGUGGUCGACGGUGGGGACUUCGUGGGCACUGCUGCCCACCUGGUGCGGCCCCGUGGUCCCCUGUCCUGGCUCGAUCCUGGGGCCUUUGGGACUCUGGGCGUUGGUGCAGGAUUUGCACUCGGGGCCAAACUGUGCCGGCCGGAUGCCGAGGUGUGGUGCCUCUUUGGAGAUGGAGCUUUUGGCUAUAGCCUCAUUGAAUUUGACACCUUCGUCAGGCACAAGAUCCCAGUGAUUGCUUUGAUAGGGAAUGAUGCUGGCUGGACCCAGAUUUCUCGGGAGCAGGUGCCCUCUCUGGGCAGCAAUGUGGCCUGUGGCCUGGCUUACACUGAUUAUCACCGGGCAGCCAUGGGACUUGGGGCCCAGGGCUUGCUGCUGUCAGGGGAGAAAGAAGAUCAGGUGGUCGAGGUGCUUCGUGAUGCUCAACAGCAGUGCCGAGGUGGCCACCCGGUUGUGGUCAACAUCCUCAUUGGGAGGACAGACUUCCGAGAUGGCUCCAUUGCUGUGUAGGGCCUCAUGGGUCAGUACCCUUGGCCUUCCCACCCCUGGACUGUGCCUGGCUGGUUUAGAGUCUCCUCCUUGCCUGCCUUGGACUUGGCUGAUCAGGUCCAGUGACUCUACAACCCUCCCUGAGGACAGGGGCUGGGGCGGUCAGAGCUCAGAGAAGUUCCCUGGCAGCACUGGAGAGCUCCUGGGCCUUUUUCUCUGGGCACAACUGCCCUUUCUCCCUUCCUCUCGGGCACACUGAAUAAACCACCCGUGUGGGCCCCAGCACUCA